AUGCGCAUUUGGGUGGCGGGCGGAUACUUAAGGGGCGGCUGCGGCAGUGCGCCCAACAGCGGACUUCGAGAGACCAGCGGCCCUCGGCGAACCCUCAGCCUUCGGCAAACUCUCAAACACCUAUUCUCGGAACCAUGGCGGCAGUGGCGGCAGCAUCGGCUGAACUGCUCAUCAUCGGCUGGUACAUUUUCCGCGUGCUGCUGCAGGUGUUCCUGGAAUGCUGCAUUUACUGGGUAGGAUUCCCUUUUCGAAAUUCUCCAGGGACCCAGCCUAUUGCAAGAAGUGUUCAGGUACUCCCUGCAGAAGGUGGCGUACACCGUGUCGAGGACCGGGCGGCACGUGCUGGGAGAGCGCCGCCAGGCCCCCAACUGAGGCCCCAGCCCCCAGCCCUGGGCGGCCAUGUCACCAGGUGCUCCUGUGCAUCUCGCCCAGCAUGGGAGCCAGUGCCGCCCAGGAAUAGGGGGUCCCCUGUGCUCUCUCGCCAGAGGAGCAUUUGCCAAGGUCAAUGAGGGGCUGGCAGGCCUCCAGAGAAGCAGCACCGCAAUGACGACAAUACCUGAUCCCUUUCCAAUCCCUGUGUACCCCUCCCACUAUGGGGCGGGGUAGAGGGAGGAGGAGGGAUGGAGGGAGAACUCUGAGAUUUGGGCAUAGGCAUUCUGAUCUGGACCAAGUCGGACAGCGACAUCCCAGCCCCACAACCAGGGCCAUACCAGCAGGCCCCACCACAGAGAUCCAGACUACGACACCAGCAGCAGAAUGAACAUUCCAACAUCAACGGAAGCCCUGAACCUCUGAGCAGCAGACAAGGAGUCAAUUGCGUGCCUGUGUGGCGGGACAAGAGGGCUUGGGUGGGGGAGGAAGAGGGUUAAGAAACAGAGCGGGGCCCUCUCACUGUCCCUUGCCUACUGCAUGUCAUUCCAGCCUUGCUGCCUUUGCUCCCUCUAUUCCUCCUUCCCCCUCACUGCCUCCCAAGCCCACCCUACCAGAAAAAAUGUGUCACUCAAUUCGGACCUAUUCAAUCAGUAAAAGAAUCCCAACUUUACUAAAACACCUCCGAGCCCCCAGUCCCUCAUUGAUCUUUUCCCUGGUCUCAUGCAAUUGUGGUCAAUAUUGUGGAAAUUGCUAAUUGUAAUAAUUGUGUAAGUGUGCAUUAAUUGUGCUUCCCCGGCUAGAUUGUAAGCUCCUGGAGGACAGGGACCACCUCUCAAAAAAUUAAAAAAAAAGCACCUCCCCCAUCUCGCACAGUGUCCCAGGACCCUGCGGGGCGGUGGAAGCGCACCAAAAAGUU